AUGAUAAUAUACUCAUCGGAUUAUGAAUUAGAUAAUAGUAAUAAUGAAGAGUUUAAAUCAGAACUGGAUGAUGAUGAGGAAAAUGAUAAAUCUAAUAAGCGAAGAACAUUGGCGUCCAAAAAUUCAAAGGAUGUUUCAACAGACGGUAAAGAUUCGAACAAACAAUACAACUUGUAUGGCGUAUAUCGUUGCAUCAGGGCAGCACCAUUGUCAUCCGAAAUAGCCGAGGAUCUUUGGGAAAGGUUGCGUAGGAUCAAAAUUCAGUUCUGUAAUUUUCUUGAAAAUCAAGAAAUUAAAAUUCAUAAGUAUAUAGAAGAUAAUGUUUUUGUUUUAUCUUGUGAACUUUUGAAUUUAAAAAAUUUAAAUGAUGAUGAUGAUAACGCGAAUCUUGCUACUGGACAUCCAAAUUUGUUUUGUAAUGAUUAA